AUGUCUGAAAAUUAUUUUUACCUUAACCGCAACCAACCAAGCAAUGUAUUGUAUUUUAAAGAAUGGUUACCAAAUGUCUAUCUACCGAAGGUUAAGACUUUGAGAAGAAACAACGUUAAUAUAGCAGAAUCUCAAUACCGCCAGGAGCUAGAAGAAGCUAUAACUACGUGUGGGACAAAUAAUUCAAAAAAUAAGCAAAAGCUAGUAGAGAUCUUAUCUCAGUUUAACGUGACUUCUAAG